CCUUGAGCAAAACCAAAAAUUAUCUUUCAACUUAUGUGUCAAAAUUAAUAAUGAUAUAUUGACUAAGAUUAAUUAUAAUAUGAGACUUUUAGUAAGAUUAAUAGUAGAUGAGAUCGAAGAAGGAGACAGAUACAAUUGGAC